CGUGUGCCGGGGUAGGGUGCACGCCCCUGCCCUGCGUGUGCAGAGCGUGGCGGCGGUGCCUGUGCGAGGGAGUGACCGCCCGGCUGUGUCAGGUGACUCGGGUCACGCAGCCUCUCGCGCUCGCUCCUCUGGGAGGACGCGGGGCUCUGGCUGGCUGCUCCGGUCCACGCACCGGCCGUCCCACCACCCGCGGGGAAGGGACCGAAUCGGAACCUCCCGCGACAGCCGCGAUGAGCCAGGUGCCGAGGAAGCCGCAGGAGGAGGAGGAGGAAGAUGAGCUUGUUGGGCUCGUGGACUACGGGGAUAGGGCCGAGUCCUUUUCGGAUGAAGAUCCGGAGACCGGCGCCGACGAAGCGUUUCUGGAUUUCAGUGACCCGUUCAGUACUGAAGUUAAGCCAAGAAUCCUACUUAUGGGACUGAGAAGAAGUGGGAAGUCUUCCAUUCAGAAAGUUGUCUUUCACAAAAUGUCUCCAAAUGAAACCCUUUUCUUGGAGAGCACUAACAAGAUCUGCAGAGAAGAUGUUUCCAACAGCUCCUUUGUUAACUUUCAGAUAUGGGACUUUCCUGGGCAAAUUGACUUCUUUGACCCUACGUUUGACUAUGAGAUGAUUUUCAGAGGCACUGGAGCACUGAUAUUUGUCAUAGAUUCUCAGGAUGAUUAUAUGGAGGCCUUGGCUAGGUUGCAUCUCACUGUGACCAGAGCUUAUAAAGUGAAUCCAGACAUCAACUUUGAAAUCUUUAUCCAUAAAGUGGAUGGCUUGUCUGAUGAUCAUAAGAUUGAAACCCAAAGAGACAUUCACCAGAGGACAAAUGAUGACCUUGCAGAUGCUGGAUUGGAGAAAAUUCACCUCAGCUUUUAUCUGACAAGCAUAUAUGAUCAUUCUAUAUUUGAAGCCUUUAGCAAAGUGGUACAGAAACUGAUUCCACAGCUCCCAACACUGGAAAACCUCCUUAACAUCUUUAUCUCAAAUUCUGGGAUUGAGAAAGCGUUUCUGUUUGAUGUAGUCAGUAAAAUUUAUAUUGCAACGGACAGUACUCCAGUGGAUAUGCAAACUUAUGAGCUCUGCUGUGAUAUGAUAGAUGUUGUUAUCGAUAUUUCUUGUAUCUAUGGGCUCAAAGAAGAUGGCGCAGGAACACCUUAUGACAAAGAAUCAACAGCAAUCAUAAAACUGAACAAUACAACUGUCCUUUAUCUAAAGGAGGUGACAAAAUUCCUUGCUCUUGUUUGCUUUGUAAGAGAAGAAAGCUUUGAGAGAAAAGGACUAAUAGACUACAACUUCCAUUGUUUUCGCAAGGCUAUACAUGAAGUAUUUGAAGUGAGAAUGAAAGUAGUGAGAUCUAGAAAACAUCAGAGUCAGAUGCAAAAAAAUAAAAGAGCCACCCCUAAUGGCACACCUAGAGCACCACUGUAGCUGAAGUUCUAAUGGCAUUGUUGUCAGCAAGGAUCUUGUUGCACUGACUGAAGGGGAAGAGAAAUGGGACUGAUGUAUUACAUGGAUUUUUCUUCCUACCCCUCAAAAAGGCACUGUUUAAACAUUUUUAUCCAGUCAAUUUUUUCAUAUACAGUGAGCACUUUGAGCAAAAUAUUGUAUAUAAACAUUGAGGUGAAUAUAUGUUCUCGUAAGAGUUCUCUUAAUAUAUGCUGUAAACAUUUUUCCAGGCCAUAUUAAGAAAAAUCAGUUGUGACAGAAAUGUUGGGUACAUAAUUUGCACUUUUUUCGUGUUCUCGUGGAAUUAAACUUUGAUAAACUUAGUUUUUUAUGCUGAUUUUCAUGCAUGGUGUCAGGUAAAGUAUAACGUGUAGUUUAUAUACAUGCUGCAAUCAAAUUGUUUACUAAACAAUCAAGAAAACUUGAUACAAUUACUUUUUUAAAAUUUAUGACAGAUUACAUAACAUUCAUACAAAUCCAACUUCAUAUUUUUUUUUCAAUUUGUAAGUUGAAGAAUUCUUAUUUUGAAGUAUGAUAGCAAUAAGAGCCUUACCAACUGGUAGGUAAAAAUUAGCUUUUGUAAAACAGGCCUUUGGCUAAACUCUAUCCAGACUUCUCCAUAACACUGGUAAUGCCCUCUCAGUUGGGCUUUUUAUCAUAAUUUACCUCAACAUAUAUCUCUAAAAUAACUUUCUAUACAGAUAUUAUUUUGUAAUAGUGCUUUAUGUUGCAUUGGUGUUUUUAUAACAUUUCAGGAACAGAGUAUGUAACUGAAGGAUUUUAUUUAUAUGCUUAGUUUGAGAGUCUGAGCCUCUACAGUUGGAGGAAGAAAAAGUUUGCAUUUCAUUUCUGCCAUACCAAUAUAAUAUAAAGUUUCAGGUAUAUUAAAGCAUUAGAGGAAAAUCCUAAAGUUGCUCAUGCUGGGGCCCAGUUCUGCUUGCUUUACUUGGAUCAGAUCUGCCUUUGAUUUCAGAGGGAGUUCUUAAAUAAGGACUGAAGGAUUGGUCUCUCUUAUUCUAAUCUACAUAGAUGUAGCUUCUUUCUCUUUUAACACUGAUCACAGUGGCAGAUGUGUCCUUGCAGCAAUUACGGCACUACCCACCCCAAAAAGGAGGGCAGGGAGAAGUAAAACAUGCCUUCUCAAUUCUAUAUUCAUUUUAUAGUUGCAGCUUAAAGAAUAGCUCUGCCAAAUAAAAGAGCACACAGGGGAGAGUAGCUCCUGUACCCAUGCUUCCUACAUAGGGCUUAUGUGCACAUGGCUCUAGAACAGCUGCAAGAGUUCACUGAAUAACCUCGUAGCCGGAAAAGAUAAGGGAGAAGCACUUUUGAAAGUUUCCUUUGUUAAAAAGUACACAUCCAGUUAAAACAAAUUGUAAUGCUGCACCUUUAAUUGUGGACUAAAACCACUAGUAUUUUUUGGCAUAUGACAGAAAUAGAGAGUUUUUACCAACAGCAAACAUAGUCAUUGAGAGACUUGCUGAAUACAUACACUGUACUCUGUUAUAAGACCAUCUUGGAACGUCUUAUGGAAUUCUUUAACUUUUGUUUCUGUGCCCAACAUCAUGGUAGUAGAGUGCCAGCUGAGAGGGAAGAUAAGAAUGCAAUAUGUCUAAGUGAAUAUUAGUCUAAGGAGAAACUAUUGGCUUUUAACCCUUCAUUGCUGCCUAACAUACAUGAUUUUUCUGUUUAUCCUUUAGCCUUCAGUGGUUCCUUUGGUCUGAGUUUAUUGGACAGAAAUGGAGUAUUUUAAAAUAUGAAUUUAAUCAACAAAUGGAUCCUUUCUAGUGUAUCUGAUCAAUGUUAUGAAAAAUAUGCCAAACGUAUGGUUCUCAGAGCUAUCUUAGUGCUUGGGAGAGAUGGAGAGCACUUCUAGUACCCAAAAGGUAUGGAGGGGAUAGACAUCAGUGUGAUGAAUAGGGGCUGCAGUGGUACACUGUGGUACAUUGGUUAAAAAAAAAAGAAAUGGGAAGCUCCUAUACUAAACUUCAGAUUCCCCAAAUGAGAAGUGGGUAAACUCUUUACCUGGGUUUACAUUAUUGGCACUGGUUCAAGAGGGAGAGUGCUCCAAAAAUACCAGGGAGAGUGAGCUCCUCCCAGUGUUACCCCUCUGACACUAGAUGGGGGUUUUUAUGGCGGUGUUGGAGACAGCUGCCCCCAGCCUAAACAGUAAUAUCUUCUUUAGGGGUUCAUAGUUAUGUCAGUGAGUGCUCCUCUGUAUUCUCCCCUCCACAGCACUUCCACAGGGGUGGAUUUGGGCUACAGUGUGUGCAUAUUUGUCUCCCUCUUUUGUUGCAACGAUGUGUCAGGAGUAUCAGUCUUCACCACUUCACUUCUCUCAGAUAUAUCUGAUUAUGUGGGGCAAGGACAUCUCCAGUACUGCCCAUGUAUUGGACCAGACACUUCAAAGAAUGCUACUGUUUUUUUUUCCUGCCAUAGAGUUGCUGCUGUGGGAACCAAGACUGAAGAGAUUAAUUAAGAUAUCUGGUUUCCUUCUGUAAGCAUGCACAUUUUUCCACUAAACAUGCAAUCACAGUAUCAUAUUUGUAUGUGCAUGUAGAGACACUAUCAAUUUAGUUAAGCCUUACAUUUUACAUUAUGUCUGUCGCGUAUUAUAGUGUCACCAGGAUGACUCUUGCAGCUAUCAUACAAACUUCCAAGUGAAUAAAAUCAAGGUGAAAAUCAAAUAAUCUUACCUAUGUUGCAAAUAAUAUGUUGGAUUAUUAAAGCUGAAAGAACUGAAAGAAUGUUAAAAUAAAACUGCUUUUGUUGUUCA